AUGCUGUUGAAUGAAGAAGAAGAAGAAGAGGAGGAGGAGGAAGAAGAGGAGAAAGGAAACAAACGGAAAGAUGUCAACUUAGACCCGGACACGUACUGUGUUUCGCCACCUGCCUACCUUAGGUACCUUAGGGGAAAUCACGUGGCCCAGACGGAGCCGACAUGUACAUCUUAUCCAUCGGGGAAGUACACGUCGAGACAGCAGCCGCACCAGAUAUUGAUCCAGUGUUUCCCAAAGGUCGACAAUCAUUUCGCCAAUACUUGGCCAGACGAUCACGAGCACAACGAUAAAAGCGACCCAGCAUACAUACCGGGAAGGACCCAAGCAGAAUUCAACGCAGUUGGCGACGACGAUGGCGACAACGACGAUAACCAACCAUCAUCGCUUGCCCUGGUUAGCAACAGGAUCGAGGACUGGCUGGAGUUGGUACAGAAGUCCGCUAAUGAAGAGAAAGCGGAAGUGACGCCUUCAGCAUCGUCUAGCUAG